AGGCCCCAAUUGCAUCUUUCAAAAAAGCAAAAUAAAAAAUAAAGAAAUAAAAAAAUAAAGAAAAUAAAAUAAGUAUAAUACCUCAGGAAAAACUCGUUAAAAAAAUUGCCACUCUUUUGCUCACCCACACGGUCGUACUUUCCCAAUUGCGACGAAUUUUAAAAUAAGAGAAGUUACAUAUCGCAGGGAAUAUAUUUCUUCGAGGAUUUUUCCCCUUUCAACGAGAAAGCGUUUUUUUUUACAAAAUUAGCGCUAAGUGUACAUAAUCGCUUUGCAUCACAUCGCAUCAUCGUAUUUACCUGAACGCAAAGGAGGAAAAAAAACGGCAACAUGGCGAAGUCAAAGAAUCACACGAAUCAUAACCAAAAUAGGAAGGCACACAAAAAUGGAAUUAAAAAACCGAAGAAGCACAAGUUUAUGUCUCGCAAAGGGUUGGACCCCAAAUUUUUCAAAAACCAAAGAUACUGCUUAAAGGGAAUCUUAAAAAAGAAGAAGGAAUUGAAAUUGAAACAGAAGCAAGAAAAGAAGAACUGAGCGGGGGAACUUAGGAUAAUGAAAUUUCAGAUUUCUCCCCGAAAUUUUGUUGCCCCUUUAAAUUUUUGCCUUUUCAAAAUUGUAUGCAGUUGUGCGCAGUUGUGUACAUGUUUUUUUUUUUUUUUUUUUUUCUCACCUCGCCUUUUCGAACAGCUACAUGAAAUGGCUUACAUGUACACGCGUGGAUUUGCGCCCCGUGUGCAUACGUGUUUAAGCAUGUUGCUUCGGUGUGCAUGAAAAUUCAUUGGACUGCUUAAAACGCGAGUAGACUCAAAGGAACUAUGAAAUGCUAAUUCGCCAUAUCGAAAGGGGUAUUU